CCCAGCCUGGUUCAGCACUUCCAAGGCUCGGUCAUUCAGCAUCACAACUCCCGAGCUUCAAGUUCAAGAGCAGCAACAAGUUCAUCAUGGCUCCUCGAAGUUCAAUCUCCAAAAGCGACGUUGAGGUCGGCGACCAGAAGCCGGACCAUCUCGAAAACACCUCCGAGGCCAUCGAGAUUGCCGGUUUCCGCGUCUUUGGUUUGGACCCUGACGAUGCCGACUUCUACAAUAGUUACACCGAGGAGCAGAAGAAGAAGGUCUUCCGCAAGGUUGAUGUUCGACUUGUGCCAAUGCUUGCGCUGCUGUAUCUGAUCUGCCACAUCGACCGUGCCAACAUUGGUAAUGCGAAGAUUGAGGGAAUGGUCGAAGAUUUGGGCAUGACAGGCGUUCAGUACAACACCAUUCUGUCUAUCUUUUUCGUACCUUACGUCCUUCUUGAAGUCCCUAGCAACAUUCUUCUCAAGAAGUUCAAGCGUCCAUCGAUGUAUCUUGGUAUCCUCUGUGUCUGCUGGGGUAUUGUCAUGACUUGCACUGGACUGGUACAAAACUUUGGUGGCCUCAUGGCCACUCGUGUUCUUCUUGGUAUCUUUGAGGCUGGUUUCUUCCCAGGUGCUAUCUACCUGUGCAGUUACUGGUAUCUUCCCAAGGAUCUCAGCGUUCGCAUCAGUUAUUUUUACUGCGCCAGUGCCUUAUCUGGUGCCUUCUCUGGUCUCCUUGCAGCUGGCAUUGCUGAGAUGGACGGUGUCGCUGGUCUCGAGGGUUGGAGAUGGAUCUUCCUUCUCGAAGGCAUGGCUACAGUCGUUCUCGGUGUUGCCUGCUUCUUCCUACUAAUCGACACUCCUGCUCUGUCUACACGAUGGUUGAACCCCGAGGAGAUCCGCUUCCUCGAGCUCUCCAUGUUCAUCAAGCAAGGUGGAGGCUUCCAGGAAGAGACAACCGUCCGCUGGAAGGAUAUCAGAAUGGUGCUUACAAACUGGAGAGUCUACGUUCAGGCUUACUUCCUCUUGUGCCAGUCUGCUCUUUCUUAUGGUACCAAGUUCACCCUGCCAAGCAUUACCAAAGCGAUGGGAUUCAGCAACACAAACGCUCAGCUCACUUCAGCUCCUCCUUACGUCGCUGCUGCAAUUUCUGCAAUUGUUUUCGCCAAGAUCUCUGACCGAUUCUUCUGGCGUAUGCCAUUCGUCGCCAUCCCCAUGGUGAUCGUCACAGUCGCCUAUUCGAUCAUGAUUUCUCUCAACGGUCAACUCGAAGCUAAGAAGGGAGUGGCCUACUUCGCCGUUGUUCUUGCUGUUAUCGGUAUUUAUCCCAUCCAAGCCGCCGCUGCCUCGUGGAACGCCAACAACAUCGCCCCCUCGUCACGACGAGCUAUCGGUAUCGCUCUGAUGAACUGUGUCGGCAAUGUCGGUGGCAUCGUCGGCAGUUUCAUGUAUCUUGAGAAAGAGAAGCCCAAGUAUUACACUGGAUUCGGUUUGUCGCUUGCUUUUGGAGGUACUGGUCUGAUCGUUGCUUUUCUCUUGGAGUGGAGCUACAAGAUUGCCAACGCCCGCAAGGCAAAGAUUGCCGAGGAAGCCAAGAGGAAGUACACUGAGGAGGAGCUGUUUGAUAUGGGAGACAGGUCGCCGCUGUUCAAGCAUGUGCUCUAGACUUAGGACUGCUUGGAUGGACUGUUGGGUGGAUACGGAGUACUAGUGAUGGCGGUUAGAGUCACUCGCAUUUUGUGAGCGUUUCAACGCCAGUGGCGGGAAAUAUAGUUGGAUUAUGGUAUUAUGAAGAAUAUACAUGAGUAUUAUA